UAUUUUUCCAUGAAAAGAUUUGUUUUGUCUCUUCAGCGAAAGAUUAAUCCCGGAUAUCUCAUUAUAGUACCCACUUCUUUGUUAACAAAAAGGACUUACUAGGUAAAGUUUACACCUGAUCAUCAUGAUUAUAGACUUGUAACAAUAGCCGCAACAUUUAAUUGUGCUUUUUCUUUCUUUUAUUCGAUGUAAAGGCUUGCUUUUUCCUUACAAUGAAAAGAUUAAUCAGACAGUUCAUACAUACAAAUAUAAUUCUCUAACUGGCUGUGAGCUUCUAUGACAUUCUAGGGUAGGAAACGAAAAGAGGAUAAGUAAGCAGGGCUAAAAGAAGUUACAGCAGAUAUUGCAAGAGGUAACCCUUUUAACUUAGUUCACUUGGUGAAAAGAUAGUCUUUGAAUCAAUACAUGGUAUAUUGAAAUCAAUUCCCCGACUAAUCAGCAUGGAUUAUAUCAAUUUCCUGUAUACUUUGGCAUUUGGGAUAUUCCUUCUUCUUAUCAACGGGGCUAUAAAAUCGUUGUUGGAGUCAUCCUUUACCUACCAAUACUACACUAUUGCUGUUGAGUCCGCCGACAAACCGAGAGCAUUGUGCAUAGGUGUAAUCCAUAUCAAACUUGUUGGAGAUGAUGGCGAUAUUGGUAAAGAGGUUGAGUUAGUCGCUAGUGUUUUUCCAGAAAAGUUUAAAAGAGGCUACAAGAAUAUAUUUAAGAUAGAAAAUAAAUCGUAUAUGAGUAUCACUGGCAUAUAUGUGCGUGGCGGCAAAUCUGUUGGUGAGACUGGUUGGAACAUCGAUAGGUUUACGGUAACAAACGAGGAUACUGGCGAAGAAACGAUUAUUCCAGUUUUUACAAACAUCAGAGCUGGCCGCACUUACAAAUUUUUAGCUGAUGACGACACAUUACCCCAAUCGGCCUCAAUUGCCCAAAAAGAGGACAGGAAGCGUGAUCUCCAGUAUAUGAGGGAACUUUAUGAGCUGACUGAAGAACGACUUCCAGGGUGUCCACCAUUAGUUAAACAGUUACCUCCAGAGGAAACGUUCUCCUACAGUUAUCAGUUUGAACUUGGUACCAAGGCAGCGGCAUUUUUAAUUGAUGCUAAAUUUAAAGAACUCUUUUCUGGUGGAUUUCAUGAGAUCGAGGAUAUGCAUAAGGUUUUUCACCGAUUGUUAAAAGUGUUUCCCGUACCAUCAAAUUUAAACAGGUGGCGAGAUGAUGUACUUUUCGGUAUGCAACGUCUUAUGGGUGUAAACCCUAAUGUAAUUCGUCUUUGUACAAAGAUUCCAGAAAAACUUGCCGUCGAUGAUCAUAUGUUGAAGCCUUUCCUGGAAAAUAUGUCACUGCCACAAGCUUUACAGGAGAAAAGAAUUUUUGUUAUUGAUUAUGAGAUACUACAAAAAGCACAUCCCAAAGCAGGAUACAUUAUGACUGCCCCCAUCGCAUUAUUCUAUCAGCGUUAUGAUGGCAAUCUAGUUCCUGUUGCCAUUCAGCUCUUUCAAAAGCCUGGCGAUGACAAUCCUGUUUUUCUACCAAGCGAUCGCGUAAACACGUGGAUUUUAGCGAAAAUGUGGUUUAACUUAGCCGAUGCAAAUUACCAUCAAUCAAUUUCCCACGUUGGUUUUACUCAUUUGAAAAUGGAAGGUAUUGUCGUCUGUACUCAUAGACAAAUACACAGGAGUCACCCAGUUUAUAAACUACUGAUGCCGCACUUCCUUUACCUUUUAGCAAUUAAUCACAUGAGUAUUCCUCAACUUUUGGAACGAAACGGCUUCAUAGACAAAGUUUUAAAUAUAGGCUCUGACGGCAUGAAAGACUUGAUAAAACACAAAAACAUGAACUGGCGAAUGGAUAUAGACGGGGACCUUCUAUCUGAUCUGAAAACUCGAGGAGUUUAUGAUCCAGAUAAUCCAAACUUGCUGCCGUAUUAUUAUUACCGUGACGACGCCUUGAAACUGUAUGAAUGUAUUUAUUCAUAUGUGAAGAAGUACCUUGACCUCUAUUACAGGUCAGAUGGUGAUGUCAAAGAAGACUAUGAGCUUCAAAAUUGGAGGAAAGAAUUUGUAACGCCAGUAGAAGAGCAAGGGCUUGGUCUUCUAGGUGUUUAUGGAGUAGAUGGCAAGUUCACCACCAAAGACCAUGUAUAUCGCAUUUUGACAAACAUAAUUUUUAUAUGCAGCGUCCAGCAUGCAGCAGUUAACUUUCGGCAGUACGAAGAAUACGCAUUCCCACCAAAUUACCCGGCUAGCCUCCGAGGACACCCGCCAUACAGUAAAGAACAAAUAGACGAAGCAAUGCUGAUGAAAAGUUUACCUGACGAAAAAACAAUGUACAACACUAUGAUCAUCGCAAGCAUAACAAGUACACAGGGAAUGAAUAAGUUAGGUAAUUUUGAGGUGGAAUAUAUCACUGAUAAAGAAGCGCUUAAAGUAGCUGCUGAAUUUCGGUCAAAUCUAAAACUUAUAUCAGAGGCAAACGACAAAAGCAAUACCAAGAGGCGUCAUGAAAAGUAUACGUGCUUGAAUCCAAAUUUUGUGCCAAACUCAAUAAGUAUCUAAAGAUACAAUGUCGAUAUUGAUAUUAAAGAUUUAAAGAAAAGAAGAAAACUGAGAAGUUAAGAAUAAAAUACAAGGAAAAGAAAACAUAAACUAUGAAUGAUGUCUCAGAGAUUCCUUUACACAAUACCAAUAUUGGUGCAGAUGAGAAUUUCCGGCCUGGAGACGGUAACGAGGCUCUACCCGAGAACCGGAUUAUCCCAUCUGUAUUUACAACCAAUGAUAGAUUCGUUUUCUUCCUUGCAAACCACAUUCAAGAAAUAAUGAUAAUGAUAAUAUCAAUCGAACGGCUUUUUAAAAAUAUUUCUUAUAUCAUACGUAUUUAAACAAAGCGCGGGAAACCAGCGUCCGUAAAUGGGAAAGACGUCAUGACACUUCAAAAAAAAUAACAAUGUUUAGUUUCGGUUUUGUUUUAUUAGUAACAUUAAGAAUUUUUAAAUAAAACAGCGUUUUAUAAAUCGAGAGUCAUCUUACACCUCGGGGUAUAAGAUGGAUUUUUCCAGCUCCGGUAAAAUAACCGGAAGUCACCGUCUGGUAUGUAAGAAACUGAUGUGUUAUGUUAUUGUGCGGAAACGCAUUUCUUUCACAGCCUGUAUUGUCUUAUAUAACAAAAAUUAUGCUAAUGCAUUAUUUUCAUUAAAGGCAAGCAUUAUGAAAACCCAACAUAGCUAUGUAAGUGUGUACAUUUUUUCUUAUUAUUUAUUUACUCGGAUAUCCAUUAUCAUAGUAUCCUCGAAGCCAAAAUAAGAAAAUGUAACGCUUUCUAACCGAAGGAUAGAAAAUUUGGACUGAGAGUUUCGAUAUAUGCUAUGUCAAAUAUAUUCAUAAAAAUAGAAAAAAAUAUGUCUGUUGAAAAUAUGUAACGCAUUCUCUGAAAAAAAAAAUGAAUCUGAGAAAUAAUAAAUGAUUCAUGACGGUUGAAUGAUGGACAGACGCACAUGCUGUUGUAUAAGACAGAUAAUUAAAAACUUGCACUCAAGAAAUAAAGUCAUUGUCUGCGACUGAUUCUAUUAUGUUAGUAGACGAUUGUAAGAAACAUUCAUAUACAUCAAUACGAAAACUCGCUAAAUAAAUAUGUCGAGUUGAGGACCUUAAUGUGUCGUUAUAAUUUGCUGUUGUUGUUGUUUUUGUUCUUUUUUUUUUUUUUUUUUUUUUUUUUGCAAAUUUAUCGAGGUGUUGUAAUCUUGCGCCAUAACACCCUUACAUCAACAUACCUCGACAUAGAUGAAUACAGCCGCUAUUUAUACAUAUGAACAAAUAAAAUUUCUACUAAU